CGAAAACAUGGACACUGAAAUCUGAAGCCCUCCUGGCGUUUCCAGAAUUCGGGGCUCGGAUAAGAGCACGCCAGAUCUGGCGGAUCGUGAGCUUCGUGACCACUGUGUUACCGCAAUUCGCAGGUCCUGGCGAAGGCGAAAGAUGCACCGAGCGGACACAUUGGACACAUUUAUUGACCGUAGUGUCGAGCCGUGUAGAUCCGCGAGAGGAGACGGAGCCCUGGGCGGGUGAGAUUCGAGUCACGUGCAUUUGGGCCAAUCUGAAAUGCUGAGCAAGUUCAUCGCGUUUCGGUUCGAAGAAGCUCGAGCUUAUCCGGUUUCGGAGCGCGUGCAUCGAGGAGACUGACGAAAGGAGGCUUUUCUUGGAGGAUCUGAAGUUUUUCGAGCAUUUUACGUUGCUGACGCGCAGGUUGAGGUCGAGGUUGAGCUUGAGUGGGGCGAGGUUGCAGUCGGUUUUCGGCGUGAGAUUGGAGAGCGAUGGGGCGUGGUAGACACCGCAAGGGCGGACCUGCUCCUUCACAUCGGGCGGAUGCUGAUUGGGACGCUUUGGCAUCUAACGAAAGUCUGCCGGUAGAAGUGCCUGAAGAAGACGCCAAUGGCAAUGUGAAAGUGAAGCUACCAAUCCAUCUGGCGAUGUGGGACUUUGGGCAAUGUGAUUCCAAACGCUGCACUGGGCGCAAACUCUCUCGCCUGGGCUUCUUACGGGAUUUGCGGGUUCACCAGCAUUUCGGUGGAGUUGUUCUCAGCCCUGUUGGUACAAAAUGUGUUUCCAGGGAAGACCGAAAUCUAAUGAGAGUGAAAGGCCUGGCAGUCGUUGAUUGUUCUUGGAGUCGCCUUCCAAGUGUGCCAUUUGCCGCGCUACGCUGUGGGGCACCUCGGCUUUUACCUUGGUUGGUGGCUGCAAAUCCUGUUAACUACGGUCGUCCCUGCAAGCUAUCAUGUGUAGAGGCUUUAGUGGCAGCACUUUACAUAUGCGGGGAGCAACUAACAGCUGAAGCAUUGCUGGGCAAGUUCAAGUGGGGUCAUGGCUUCUUGUCUCUCAACAAAGAAUUACUGGACGCUUAUGCAGCCUGCAAAACUGCAGACGAAGUAAUAGAGGUGCAAGACGAGUUCCUCGCUAGUAACAAGGGGGGAAGGUCUGAUGCACCAGAUGAGCGUUAUGCUGGUAGCGGUUCAGAUGAUGAUUUACCACCACUCGUCAGAAAUAUAAACCAUCUUGAUAUAGAAGGUUCUGACGAUGAAGAAAGUGAUGACGAAGAUGAUGACGACGUCGAUGAUGGCGAGGAAGAGGAAGAUGAGGAGGAAGAUGGUGCAGUUGUUCAAGCUUCUCACAAGGCACAGGACCAGGAACGUGUAAAUAAGAAACCAGUGCAUUACGACUGGGACCAGGAAGAGGAAACAGAAGACGCUGAAGUAGAUGACGAGGUUGAGGCAGAUGAUAACAGUAAAGUGGGCCAGCAAGCCUCUACCAAGGCUAAAGAUCAGAGCGCUACAACAAAACAGCCACAUCACAAGUCAAAGCAAAAGCGAGGAGGACGUAAAUAGUCCGUUUCCUAUGGCUAUCAUAUAUCUGAUAUGUCCACGCCAUCGUAUUCUGAAGUAAGCAUCAACGCACUUGAUGUAUUGUAUAUAAAUGUCAAACAAAUAGGAGGUUAGAGUAGGCCUUGACUGCUGUUGCCCUGUUUGGUCGGAUCAUUAGGUGAGUCAAUUCCCCCCGUUUGACACUGGCGUAGUUGUCGGACUUUUGAGAACUCGAAAUCUGCUUGUCACUCUUGCCAGCAUGCUGUAUGAUAGAGGAAGGUUUUAGGGCAGUCUUCACUGGCAAAGAAAAUAUGACUCUUUGGAGCUGCAAGUAUUUGCUUGAAAGAUACCCUGAUGCGGCCUGGGUGACAUGCUUCAGUUUGACAUUUUGACUGGCACUACAAUUUUUUGAAGCCUAUAAAUGGGAUUCUGUCAACGAAGUAAAAUACUUUUGAUAGGCCCCAAUUCUCCAGUAUGCAGGGUCUGAGACUUGUGC